GUACCUCUACUAUGUCACGUUCUGAAAAUGCCACGACACCGACCGUAUCAAAGAACCCUGCCGCACCCGCGCCAACUGGACCAGAGAAGAAACGUACCGAAGUCACUGCUCCAGCUAUCUUGUCUCCAACACCGUCGCAAACCACAGCAUCGCCAAGUGCGUCUGAUAACCCCGUCACACAGUCUCCUUCAGCACUAAAAUUCCCUGGCUCGGUCGAAACGAUCAAGAUCACUACUGCUGAGCCAAUGAAGCAGCAGGCGAAGAAAGCCAGGACACAGAGCCCCGUUGUCGAGCAAGAGGUAGAUGAUCUGCUUCAAAUGAGCCGCCCGCAUCGCCAGACGCUUUUUGAGGGUCCUCAAAUGGUCAUCUACGUUGGCGAGAAGAGCGUCCCCAAUGUAGCCAAGCGCGCCGCUAUGGCUGCUUCCCGCAUGCUCAACGACCACUUCAGAAAAAAACCGGAGUCGCUGGAGUAUUCUUUCGAGGCUGGCUUCGUGGACCUUGCCGCCAUUCGCACCCUUUUGGUCACCUGGCCUCUCCAGAGCUCCAAGGAAUUCCAAGCAGGUGAGGUGCCUUUCCAGGACACCUUCGAGGAGAACAUGGCUCUCCUUCGGGCAGCGCGUUUCCUUGGGAUGGAGCGCUACACGAAAACCAUCCUCAAGUACCAUCUGGACUACCUAAAGACGUCGCUACCGGAAUACUCUGAGAUUGACACCGUCGAGCGGAUGGCGACCUCUGACAAAGACCCGCUGUGGACAUCAAUGGUGAACCAUCUCACCCACAGCCGCUUUAAGGGAUUCAUCCCAGACCCGGAAGAGUUUGCCGCCUUCCUGGACAAGCACCCGAAGCUGAAGGCGGCGAUGGAGGCAGCCGAUGAGUUCUUCAAGAACUCCGCAGCGAAAGAGCGUGAGAAGAAGGACCAGCGGCGUCCAGCUGAGCAGAAGGCGGGCGAAAACGCGCGGCACCAGCGCUGGCAGAAGAACAAGAAGCGCCGUGAGCGCGAGAGCGCCACAGCUGAGUCGCUAUAGCACAAGUUAAUGCGAAUCGGAGUGGGAGUAUGGGCGUGUAGUCGAUCACGGCUGAGGAAGCUGCUAUGCUGAGGGGUCGCUGAGGAUUUCCGAGGGAUCCUGUAGUCCCGCAUAGGAGACAGGCGGCAGGCGUGCCGCGGAGGAAUUUCGCGCCUCGGACGCCAUUGGGAUCAUCUGAGAGAUGGAGGGAGGGGUUCUUGAGGCGAGGAUGGCCUUUUGUGUGCCAGAAACUCCCGCCAAUUGUUCCAAUGUAAGCAGAACUUAUGUUACGAAAU